AUGUUCGCGUUAGCUCAAACGAUGCCCCAAACUUGGGCCGAAAAGUAUGGACCACAAGAAGAUAUGCCUUUUUCUGGACCACUUUCGUUUGCACAUCUUCCCUAUACCAAGUGUCUGGAGGAAACGAGCGAUUCACAUGCUUUCGAUAUUGCAAUCUUGGGAAUACCCUUUGAUUCUGCUGUCACGUACCGACCUGGUGCGCGGUUUGGUCCUUAUGGAAUUCGCUCUGGGUCACGACGGAUCAGUCCUUAUGUGGGAUAUACGACAGCUUGGGGCUAUAGUCCCUAUGAUCAGAACAUAACUAUUAUGGAUUGCGGAGACGUUCCUGUCAUCCCUUUUGAUAUACCCAUGGCAAUGGAUCAAAUAGACACCGCAUAUAAUACCUUGAUACGCCGCCCGGUUGCUACAGAAAACAACUUUAGCGCGAAUACGACCAGAAACGCUGCAAAGGACGGGAAGCCUCAUCCUCGAAUCAUUACACUUGGUGGCGACCAUGCAGUCAUCCUACCAAUACUCCGGUCAUUGUACUCGGUUUACGGAGAGAUCGCUGUUGUUCAUUUCGACAGUCACUUAGAUACCUGGCCGGUGCAAGGGUUCUACGGAGCUACUAAUAACACUGUCACGCACGGAACUAUGUUCUGGACUGCUAUGAACGAGGGGUUAAUUGCCAAGGGUAACAGUAUUCAUGCAGGAAUUCGGUGUAUGAUGACUGGCUAUCGGGAUAUCCAGAACGACCAACAAGUUGGGUUCUCGAUGAUCACAACUGAUGAUAUUGAAGAACUGGGAACGGAUGGAAUCAUCCAAGUGAUAAAGCGGCGUGUCGCAGGUAAACCUGUGUAUAUUAGUAUUGAUAUCGACGUUAUCGAUCCUGCUUUGGCGCCCGCGACUGGAACACCCGAACCUGGAGGAUGGACAACUCGCGAAGUCAAGCGUAUUCUGCGAGGACUUUCGGGAAUGAACAUAAUGCAAGCCCAAAAAGAUUAA